GGUAAAACUCCUGCACUUCAAACUUGAAGCAAUCUACAGUCAGAAACUUUGCUGUUUUAAUAGUCCAAGAUACCAGAACCUCUUCAGUCACAACUCUGACAGCAGUGCAAGACGACAUCCUUGAUCAUUCAAGCCAGGCUUCAGUUUCUGUUGACUCCUCUUCUUAGUCUUUGAGCAUUGCCUAUUACCCAAUUAUAACUGCCGUUAAAAAUAAUAAGAGAUUACUAGUGUCAAAAUACUAGUAGAAAUAGUGAAUUUUUUAGGCAGGCAGCACCAGUAUUUUUAUUACCAUUUUGUAUUAGGUUUAAGGAAGGCACUACAUUUAAGCAAGUAAACACUACAUUCUGUUUUAUAGUACAGGCUUCAUGGACAUUUAAGGUUCUCUUUAUAGUUUCAAGUUUCUGAAUCCUGAAUUCUGAAGGUUUUUUUGUGUGUUUGAAUAUCUUGUAAUUGAAACCUUAUUGUGAAGACUGGAAUGAAGCCAAAUGGAUAUUCCGUCUUCAGUAGUUUGUUUUAGAUGGCUUGAAUGACAUGUCUGUCUAUAUUCUUAGGGAAGAACGAUCUGUUUCUGAAACAAAUUCAUUAUAGGUUUUUUUACUUUUUUUUUUUGUUUGUUUGGUUGGUUUGUUUGUUUGUUUUGAUAGACCUGAAAAUAAAGGUGUAAGACUGGAUGCCUAUCUGGUGCUUUACUCAUCAUACACUAUCCUUAUUCCCCACUUACAAUUUGUGACCUAAGCUGAAAAAUUCCACAUGCUGUCAAUUUAAAGUUGGAGAUGUGCAGCAUCUUGUGUAUUUUAGUCUCCAGAGUUCAUCUCUGCUUUUUUCAAAUUUAGUCUGUGUUCUAAAUAAUGAAUUUUGUUAGUUAAAGUUUGAAAUCUGCCUUGUUAAUUUAACAAAUUAGUCUCCAGUACCUGGGUUUCCAAACAGGGUAAAAUAAAUAAAUAUAUUAUUAAUUAAAAUUCCAGUAGUAGUUGGGGCUUCAAUAUGGUAUAUUCUUGGUUUCCUUCUAUUUUUAACCAAAAGCCAUUAAUUCAUUAAUACACUAAAAUACCUUUUAAACAAGAAACACUUGACUGUAUGUUUUGAUCUUGCCUUCAGCUCUGUAGAAAAUUUUACUUUUGGAAUUUUUGUAAUCUGUUUUGGAAUUCCCAAAGCUUUACUAAUAAUUUCUUGCUGUGGUGAGAGAUGUAACCUAUGUAAAGCAUCCCCUUGUGAAUCCUUUCAGUUGUCAAAUAGGCACGUGUCUGUAUGUCCUGCCAUCGUGUUUGGCUCUAGGUUCUCAGAAAGGAGCAAUCAUCUUUGCAUUGGAGUCCAUUGCUCUUGUUCUCCUGUUGUGUUUGCAGAUGUUGUGGUCUUACUCUGGUAAAACCAUCAGAAGCAGUUGUCUCCUGUCUGUUACCUUUCUUGUAUCUUCGCUUUGCUGGAACAUGGACAUGAAAAGAUUGAGAUACUGACAAAAUGUGAAGGAACCUCUGCCUUUCCAGUUAAAACUGCUAAAUAGACAGGCAGAUCCUGUUUGCUUAUCAUAAUUAAUAUAAAAAAAAUGUACUUGCAGCUCAGAAAAAAACGAAAGUUAGAAAAGAGAAAAUAGUUUUAUCCACAAACUAGAUUAAAAACCGGUUUCUUCAAAUCUAGGAAACGGCACAAUAGGGUAGUGAUGCUGGAAAUUACCUUCUUCUCAAGCUGCUGGAGCUUAAAAGCUUCUCACACUUGUUUUGUAUCAAAAUGCUAUUUAUUUCAGCAGCAUUUAAUCCUGAUUAGUUUUUGGUAAGCAAGGAUGGAGAGUAUAUCCACAAUAUCUUCUGUCUUUCUCUUGUAUUUCAAACACCUGCUGUUAAACAGAUAUUUCAUCUUCUGAGGUACCUGUAAUUUCUUGAAUAACAGUACCUGCAUCAAAUCAUCUGGAGUGUUCAUCUACAGUUCUGGAAGUGAGAGUUCCUCUAAGCAUGUUGUGUAGUAUUUAGAUGGUUUUGCAAAGUAGGUAAGUCACCAGAUAGCAGAUCCUAGCCUUAACAGGAACAUACAUAUAUUAGGGAUUAUUUUCCUUAGAAUCAUUUUGUGAAAGAGAUAUAUAGGAUAUUAGAUUAAAGAAACAGGUCUUGCAGAUCCAUGUAUUUAGCUUGUAUAAUAUAUUGCUGAAACAAUCAGCAUUUCAUUCAAUUACUUUUUAAAUCAGGUCUGCCAUCUAUGGUAUUUAAAAACUAGUAAUUCAGUGAAUUUUUCAGUAUUAAACAAGCACUCACGGUUUUCGUAAUACACUUGCAGUUUUUCUGGAUUUUCUUCAGACUCAUAGUACAUACAUUUAGUAUAUAUUAUGUAAAUUUAAAUUUUAAAAAAGUAAAAAAGAGGUCGAGAACAUAAGUAGAUAAUGCAAGAUAUCUGUGUCAUUCGAAAGCAGAUCUUUAGUAGUGAUGCUAGAUAAUUAGUUUAAGAAAGUUUUGUAAGAAAUAAUUACAACAAUUAAGUCCCCUGAAAUAAUUUUAUUGAGGUGUUUAACCUCUCCAACUUUUAAAUUCCUCAUCCUUCCAGAAUAGUUCCACUGGAAAUUGUACCUUCCAGUGCAAUUAGAUGCUAGUCAUACCUAAUUAAGGUUUCAAAAUACUUCUACAAAAUAGUCAGAAAUUAUUGUUUUAUUUUAGACCAAGUGAACUUUUCAACACUUUGAAAAUACUGUCUGUACUUGAAAUUACUUUUAGUUUGAAAAUUAUGAAACAGUUUAAGUGACUGUGAGAAGUGUCCUUUAAAUGAUAACUCAUCUCAGUGUCUGAAGCAUUUUUAAAGUGACUACUAUCUCUGAAUAGAGUAGCUGAGCAACAGAUGUAUCUUAUUUAAAACUAGGCAAUCAGUCUCUGCAAGCUAGCCAGAUGUAGUUGGAAGCCAAACUCCUGGCCCUGUAGUCACCAGUGAAGAGUCAACUUUCUGGAAAUAAUUUAGUAAUAAUGGCCUAAGGAAUGUGAUGUAAAAUACCAACUCAUUUGGAAUAUCUUGAUGCUUCUGUACCAGUCAUAUUUGUCAAGAUGCUCAGACAUCUCUUCCUGCUAUGGAAGAUUGAAGCUGAUACGUUCCUGCUGCAGGGAUGAUGAUCACUUUUGAAGAAAAGCAAGGAUUAUAAGUUCUUCCUGUAAAACUUCCUUUUCAAGUCUAUAAACAAAAGUUCACUGCUUUUGAGAGUUGUGGAUUUUUCAUUGGUAGAUACAUAUUUUUUAAUAUAUUCCUGUCAGUUUGGUUGUAAUAGUCUGAAAAAAUCCUGUUGGUAGGAUUUGGGGGCAAGUUACAAAAGACAUAGUAAGGUUAUGAUACUCACUUGGACUAUUGUAAAAGGCAAAAAGCCUGGUUCUCAGGAAGAUAAUACCAUGUCGUAAGGCUGGAGAUGGAUGUAAAGCUACAGAAAAAAAAUAACUUGCAAGAUUUAUGGUAGGCUGUGGUAGAUGUGAUGAUUGGUUUCAUGGUGAUUGUGUUGGACUGAGUCUUUCUCAAGCUCAGCAGAUGGGUGAAGAAGAUAAAGAAUAUGUGUGUGUGAAGUGCUGUGCUGAAGAAGACAAAAAGAUGGAGUGUUUUGAUCAAAGUGUAACAGAUACUCAAGUGAAAUUUGAAAUCCAUAGAGAAGAAAAGGCAACUGAGUGUGAAAAACCGGGGAUGUCGAAGCAAAUACCCGCUUGUAAUCUAAAUGUAACAGCUGAAAAAUCAAAGCAAACAGAGGACACUGGGAAGCACAAAGUCAAAAUCUUCAGACGAGAAUCUGGUGAUGGGAAGAGCUCUUCUGAAUCCAGAGACUUGGAUCUUAAAAAAGGGCAACAUCUCCCUGUUCGAAAAGGAUCACAAACUGCUGUAAUUCCUCGGCGGUCCCCUGAAGAUAAAAAUGAAAAAAUAAAUAAGGAGUCCCUCAGUGUGGUGGAAAGGCCCACAAAAUCAGGUGUUCAUGAGAAACAAGAAAUUAAGAAAAAGAAAAAUGAAAAAGGAUCCGUUAGCGCAACACACCUGCCAGCCAUGCCAGCUUCCAAACCUUCUGCAGAUCAGAUAAGACAAAGUGUCAAGCAGUCUCUGAAGGAAAUCCUGAUGAAAAGAUUGACAGACUCCAAUUUAAAGAUUCCUGAGGAGAGAGCAGCAAAAGUUGCCACAAGGAUUGAAAGAGAGCUGUUUUCUUUUUUUCGGGACACUGACUCAAAGUAUAAGAACAAAUACAGAAGCCUAAUGUUCAAUCUAAAAGAUCCUAAAAAUAAUAUAUUGUUUAAGAAAGUACUGAGAGGAGAGGUUACUCCAGACCAUCUAAUAAAAAUGAGCCCUGAAGAACUGGCUUCCAAAGAACUGGCUGCUUGGAGACAGAGAGAAAACAGACACACAAUUGAAAUGAUCGAGAAGGAACAGAGGGAAGUUGAAAGAAGACCUAUCACAAAAAUUACUCACAAAGGAGAAAUAGAAAUUGAAAAUGAAACACCAAUAAAAGAACAAGAGGAAGUAAUGGAAAUUCAGGAACCUAAUACGAAGUUGUUUGAGAAGUCAGAGGAAGCUGAAAAAGAAGUAAAUGAAUCUUCAUCUCCAGACACCACAAGUCAACAUAAGAAUCAUCUCUUUGAUCUUAACUGCAAAAUCUGCAUAGGCCGAAUGGCACCACCUACUGAUGAUCUCUCUGCGAAAAAAGUGAAAGUGUCUGUUGGAGUUGCACGGAAACAGUCGGACAACGAAGCUGAGAGCAUUGCAGAUGCCCUUUCUUCAACAUCAAGUAUUUUAGCUUCAGAAUUACUGGAGGAUGAUAAGCAAGACUCAUCAAAGUCGUCGUUCACACCUCUCCCAAAGUCAGAAACACCUGGUACCGUGGAAUGUGAAAGUCUGUUCCUUGCACGCCUGAAUUUCAUCUGGAAGGGUUUUAUAAAUAUGCCUUCAGUGGCAAAAUUUGUUAUUAAGGCUUAUCCAGUUUCUGGCUCAUUUGAGUACUUAACAGAGGAUUUACCUGAUAGUAUUCAAGUAGGUGGCAGGAUAUCUCCUCACACUGUCUGGGAGUAUGUAGAAAAAAUCAAAGCUUCAGGGACCAAGGAGAUCUGUGUGGUUCGCUUUACCCCUGUAACUGAAGAGGAUCAGAUCUCCUAUGCCUUGUUGUUUGCCUACUUCAGCAGUAGAAAGCGUUACGGCGUCGCAGCUAACAACAUGAAGCAAGUGAAAGAUUUGUACCUCAUCCCUUUAGGUUCCUCAGACAAAGUCCCACAUCAUCUUGUGCCUUUUGAUGGGCCUGGAAUUGAAAUACAUCGACCAAAUUUAUUACUGGGAUUGAUAAUUCGCCAGAAGAUGAAGAGGCAGAUAACUGCUGUUACAAGUGUAACUAGUAGUUUUGUGGAUGAAGGUUCUGAGAGUACCUUGAGUAACCUGCCACCAGAGAAGAAAAGCAAGCCAAACAAACCUGAAAUCUCUCAUGAGUUGGCACUAGAAGAAGAAGAGGAAAAUGAUUUUUUUAAUUCCUUCACAACUGUGCUACACAAGCAGAGAAAUAAGCCUCAGCAGGCUAAUGUAGAAGAUGCUCCGGCAGCUAUUGAACCCUUGGUGGAAAGCACCAAACAUGAACCACCAAAGCCUCUCAGAUUUCUUCCUGGAGUCCUGGUUGGAUGGGAAAAUCAGCCUUCUACUCUGGAGCUAGCGAAUAAACCUUUGCCAGUGGAUGAUAUCCUUCAAAGCCUGUUGGGUACAACAGGGCAGGUAUAUGAACAGAGCAAAUCAGAAACAAGUCCCAGUGAAGACACACCAUUAUUAAAUGAACAAGCAACUUUAAAAGAAGAAAACAUGGAUGUUGCUGAUGUAACUACUGAAGUUAGUGAAGGAAAGACUGGUUUGGAUGAUGUACAAGAAUCCACUAAUGCUACUGCAACUGUGGAUGCAGCAGCUGUAGGAACCUCAAGUUCUGCAAGAAGUGCUUCGUCUUUGGUAGGGCUGAGUCUUAAGGGAAAACCUCCAGAUGUCUCCACAGAAGCAUUUUUAGCAAAUGUAUCUGCACAGUCACAGAAUAAAGAAACUGAAGAAAGUAAAGAAAAUGACCUAAAGCGGCAGUUACCCGACAAGGAUAAUGUUGCACAGGAAGUCAGAAGGACUGCAAAUUCCAGCUUUUCUUCUUCCUCAUCAAAUGCAGGGAAAAAAAACAAAGAGAGCAAUGUUAAUGUAGGCUCUGCUGAAGGAGCCACUGCUAAUACCUCUAAAUCACCACCAUUUAUUAAUCUUAAAAGAGACCCACGACAGGCAGCUGGACGAAGCCAGCAGAGUAACGCUUCAGAGAGCAAGGAAGGAGACGUUAGCAGAAAUGAAGACCGACAGAACGCUUCAGGAAAUGAUCAGAUGGAACCAGAGAAUAAACCAGCUUCUGGAGAAGUGGGCUUAAGCCUGUAUCAAAGUGAUGCCCAAGCAGAGACGCAGUACAGUUCAACUGCAGCAAAAGCAGAUAGUGCAGGUGCAUCGCAAGCGGAAGAUGCCAAACACUCGCAGGAAGAUCCGCUGAUGCAAAACAUCGAAACAGUGAACUCGUUUAGAAGGGGACCGGCAGCAACUUCAUCUCAUUUUGAAACUGAAAACUCUUCUCGUUCUGAAUUUAUUUCCAAAGUCCCAGGCCCUAUUACAAGUGGCACAUUCUCAUCUGUUAGGCCUCCACAGCAGAAUUUUCAGCAUCCUAAGUCUAAUCCACCUGGAUUUCAGUUUCAAUCUCCAGCACCACAUAACUUCCCUCCCCAAAGCAACCCUAUGUUUGGAUUUCCUCCUCAUUUGCCACCUCCACUUCUUCCUCCUCCAGGCUUUGGCUUUCCUCAAAAUCCAAUGAUGCCAUGGCCACCAGUAGCUCAUAUAUCAGGUCAGCCACCACACUAUGCUGGACCCAUUGCACAAGGGCUACCAGUGGCUCACAAACAAUCAAGAUUUUUGGGGCCAGAAAAUUUUUUUCAGAAUAAAGACAGCAGGAGACCAGAAAGACGCCACAGUGAUCCUUGGGGCAGACAAGAACAGCAUUUGGAGAGAGCGUUCAACAGAGGAAAAACUGAUCAACACAGACAAAGGUUUUACAGUGAAUCCCAUCACCAAAAGAAGGACAGACAUGAAAAAGAGUGGAACAACGAAAAAUACUGGGAGCAAGACUCUGAAAGAAAUAGACGCAGAGACAGAAACCAGGAAAAGGAGAGGGAGAGAAAGGGUAGAGAGGAAGGACAGAGAGACAAAGAAAGAUUGCGAUCUCCACACAGUGAUAGGUCUGCUGAUGGAAAAAGCCCCAGAGAGACUAGAAAUCCAGAAAAAAAGACAGAGAAGCCUAAAAGUGAAGAACAGGCUCAUGAAAAAGAUAAGGAGAGGGAGAAAAGCAAAGAGAAACAUAGAGAACGAGAAAGUGAAAAGAACAGAGAGAGACAUAGGGACCACAGUGACAGAACUAAAAGCAAAAGGUAAAAAGAUGCAGGCAGCCUUUUAAAAUUCUAUUUAAAUAAACUGUUAGAGCAAUGUUGUAAAACUUUGUAUUAAAAACAAACAAAAAGCCUGCUAGGAUUGUGCCAUCUUUUUUAUUCAGUGUUGGUGUUUUGCAGAAACAAGUCUGUGUUUUGGUACCAGUCGAUGUACCAAUACUCAUCCUUUUUUUUCAUUAUACCAACUGUCGCUAGAAGUAGGAGUUUAAUAUUUUUAAAAAAUUUACAUUGCUGUAUAUUCAAAAUUUUUAAGAUUCCUUUUAUUAAUAUGCAAUAAAAGCUUAGAAAUUUUCUUGCUGAUAAAGUUGGCUUUAGUCAAGUCUGCAAUAUAGUUGCUGCCUUUGGUAAUUUGUGCUCUCUUCUGUUUUAAGAUGCUCUGGUAAUUUUAAAGGUGAAUUUCAUACAAUAACCUUCUUUAUAAAUUGCACUGUUUUUAAAGACCUGUAGCAAAGCCUCAGAAUCCACACACAUUACAACAAAAUAUAAUAUGCUCAGUGGUGUGAAGAGUUGGGGUUUUUUUUUAUAAAUUAUUCAGUAGUACAAUAAAAUAAUCAAGUGUAUUUCAUUAGUUUUUCAAGUAUUUCCUAAGCAUCUGAAGCAGUUUGUGACCAGAAAUUGGAAGGCUGAGCUGCUCAAAUGUUAUUGCUUUAAAAUGCACUUGUUUUAAUAAGAAAGCAUUUUUAACCUAAAUUCUUGGAAAUAUGAUUUGUUGUAGUAAAUUCAUUUCUCCCAUCAUUUUCCAUGCUUCAAAAACUUGAAUACCUAAGCUUGUACAUUACUUUGUGUUUUGCUAUCCUUUUUACUGUAAAAUGUAAAUAUUUUAAGGGAUAUUUUGAUUCUAAAAUGAUAAAACUUUCUCACAUACUGUGUGUGUUUGAUUUCAUAGGUGUAAAACUGUAGGCUAAAUAUGGAUAUAGCAGUUACAGGGUUACAGAAUGUCACAUCUGUUGUACACUUCAUGGCUUGGCUGUGAAAAGUUUUGAGGGGUAAAGGGGGGUGGCAAGGGCAGAGAAGGAUGUUUGCACCAUUGGAACUUUGAGUUAAUAGGUAUUUUGCAGUGAUUGCUAUCUAUCCACUGAUGCAAAACAGAAAGCAAAAAAAAAUAAUCUCCUGCUCGUACACUUCUUGAAAUACACUGGUAAUUUUCUUGAGUUUGUCAGAAACAACAAAAAAAUUGCAUUAUAUAAAGAAAAACUUAGUUCUGUUCUGUUUUUCAGUGAUUUGUUUUUUCCUUUGAGUACAUGACUUUAUGUACUGAAGUAGCAUUUUGUAUUUUGCUGUGGUUUAAAAACACACAAAUUGUUAGUUUUAAUUACUAUCAUAUUUUAAGGUAAAACUUUACUUGGAUACCUUGCAGGUAGCUUCAUGGUCAAAUUGACUAAAAUUAAAAAUCUUGCACCAAAUAAUGGGGAUAGCAGACUUUUAAUAAGUAAUUUGACAUGAUCAAUAAUCUUUUCCACAUUAAUUCCAUGGUCUGUAUACUAGUGUUGCCACUGAAUAUAUCUGGUAGUAUUAUGCAUGUGUUGUGUUGUUUAAAUAUUUACAUCAGGGUUCUUUAGACAGAGAAGUGCACCAAGACAUUGUUCUGGCUUUUGGAGUAACAUGUAAGUUGGCAGCUCUGUUCGUGAAGAUUUUCUUUUGAUCCAUUCAAAAGUCAUCCGCUCCUGGUCCAUUGGUGAUCUGUCUCUCAUAUUCACAUCCAUUUGUGCUCUAAAAAGAAAGGGGAGCAGUGAAAAUUGCAACUGUCUGUACAGAAGGGACAGGAGUGCUUUCUGCCAGAUCUACCAGAAAACAUUUGUCUGGAAAGAAUAUGUAGACAUUUUCCAAGUUUGCCAAGUGCUUUACUGUCUGCCUCUUAUAUGUAGAACCUGGAGAGAGCCACAGUAAAACUGCUCUUGAGGAAGAGUUUUGUUAAGAGUUCAAAAUUAACAGGCAGUGACAGUUUCCAGGAUUUGGUCCUAGAAUCUGAGUUAGUGUAAAGAGAAUAAAUCCCACUACAACAGGAAUAAA